CAGCGGAGGCAGACAUGAGGCAGUGCUGAGAGCCCGGCGGAGAGCUGCGGAGCUGAAAUGAAGCGCACACACGGAGCGGCUCACACCACCGCGCAGCGCCGUGUGGCUCAGGAAGAGGCUCCGCGCCGCUAAAGCUGAAGGCUGCUCCGGCUGAGUGAAGGGCUCCGUCCAUGCGGAGGCUAGCGCUCAUUCUGCUGCCCUGUGCUGUUGCCGUCCUGGUGCACUUGUGGUUGGCACAACGACCCUCCUCCACCUCGCUGGACAACAACACACACUCGGAUGAAGCAUUACCUUUCUAUGAAGUUUUGGUGGGAGUGCUGUCAGCGAGACACCAUUAUGAACUGCGACAAGCGAUAAGGGAGACCUGGCUGGGCUACCUCCGAGAUCACCCCCACUUCCAGCACAGAGUGGGGGUGAAGUUUAUCGUGGGCAAACAUGGGUGUCCCAUUCCAGAGGAGGACAGAGAGGAUCCGUAUUCCUGCUCCAUCCUGAACUUCACCGAGCCAGUGACAGGGCAGGAUGCAGAGAUAGAGAUCGUGACGGUGUCUGACCCCUCGGUGCUCGCCCCAUCCGACGUGUCGGCCAUCGCCCUGGAUUUCAAGGUCCUCCAUCCAGUGGUUAUCACAAGGCUGGGCGUGUUUCCCAGCGGGACCCGGCCCGAGCUUCAGAGCAACGUUACGGUGAAGCUUCUCCAGCUGGACCAGGAGGAGGCUGUGGUUACUGCGCGCUUCAGUGCCAUCAGCACAGGGACCGUGGUGAACGGGGUCUGGUACAAACCGGUGGAGCAGUUCAUCUUGCCUAAGGGUUUUGAGGGGACGCUGGUUUGGGAGAGUCUGGACUCUUCUGGAUUGACAACAGUCAACUCCUCCUCUGUGCAGCUCAAUGAUGGAGGUGGUGUCCUGAAGAUCUCCUCUAUUGCAGAGGGCAUAUUGCCUCACAGAAGUGCUCUUGGGUUUCCCGGUUUGGCUGGAGGGUUCACCUUCACUAUCUACGAUGGAGACGGUCUGUCGGGGCUCCUGCGGGGCCGCCCAGCCAGGACCGAGCACCAUGCCUCCAGGCUGAGGCAGGAGGACGCCGCCUUGCAGCGUGAGAGCCUGCGGCACGGCGACAUGGUGUUCGUAGACGUGGUAGACACCUACAGGAACGUACCUUCCAAACUGCUUCAGUUCUAUAAAUGGUCUGUGGGAAACGCUGACUUUAAUCUGCUGCUGAAGACGGAUGAUGAUUGUUAUAUCGAUGUGGACUCAGUAUUAAUGAAGAUUGACCACAAGGGUCUCAAGCGCAGCAAUUUCUGGUGGGGGAAUUUCAGGCAGAGUUGGGCAGUGGAUCGCAUCGGGAAGUGGCAGGAGCUGGAGUACGCUAGUCCAGCCUACCCGGCGUUUGCCUGCGGCUCAGGCUAUGUGGUCUCUCAUGACCUGGUCCAGUGGCUCGCCAGUAAUGCUGAGAAGCUGAAAGCCUACCAGGGAGAAGAUGUGAGCAUGGGGAUAUGGAUGGCAGCUGUUGGACCACAGAAAUAUCAGGACCCCGGCUGGCUGUGUGAGAAAGAGUGCUACCUGGACAUGCUGUCGUCCCCGCAACACACAGCCGAGGAGCUGCACAUCCUCUGGGAAAGGAAGAGGGCCUGUGGAGACCCCUGCGGCUGUCCCUGGGGCCACUAAAUCUGGUUCAAACCACACUCACCAUGGGGCACUAGAGGACGGUGGAAUCACUCUGAUCUCUAUUUGCCAUUGUUUUCCUGAGACAGCGAGUCGACCACCGCUGGAAUGAUGAACAGGAAAACCUGUGGAGUGCUUUAGCCCCAGAUUGAUCAGUCGCUUUGCGUUAAUCAAUACUGACUGAACACAUCCAGUGAGCCACGUUUGAAGUGUUGACAUGAAUCAAAUGUGUGUGAUUUUUGAUGAGCCCUCAGAGCAUAUGCUUUUAGCCGCUGCAGUGAUUUGUUUGUUUAUUGAAGUAUAGCCAUGUGAUUGAUGCUCGGUCAUGAGAAUUAGAUUGCCUUGCUGUGUAUUUUUGGUAAAUAAUGAAGGAUGAUGUGGAAUAUUUUACUAAUGGGGGAUAAUACAAGUCAUUUAUUUUAUUUAGGGAACAUCCUACCUGCCAAGAAAUCUAUUCCUGCAAUUAACCUGACAUUGGAGCAGGCAUCCCUCUUCCUCCUCUCCCUCCCCAUCUUCUACUUUCGCCUCCUCUCUUUCAGUGAGCUGCAUGAUAACAAAGUCACAUCCGCAACCGUUCCACUCUCCUACAUAGAUAAGGACAGCGUUUUUCACCCCAUCAGCCUUUCCCGCUGAUUUGGCUCGAAGCCCUUCAUUGUGAGCCGAGAGAAGCGUGGAAAUAACACGCAGAUGAAAAAAAAAAAAAGGCUCGCUUCUCAUUUCUGCUCUAGUGCUUCUUUAGAAGAUGAAGUUAUUGGAUUUGUAUAAACUUUGAUAAACGCUCUGGGGAUGUUGUCACUCACUGAUGUAAAAUGUUUAAAUUAUUAGCUUUUUGAAAAAAAAUAUAUUUUCAGAUAUGCUCCAAAUCUGCUUCCUUUAUUCAAGCCCUGUUCUCUCCUACACACACACAUAUCAAACCUACUGAAUCUACAUCUGUCAUCAUAAACCUGACACAAAUUACACCAUGUUUACUUACAAAUGGCAAGCAUGAAUUAUAUUAGAAAACUUCUCAGGCUGAUCACCCGGGGGUUUUUGUAAAUGUUUUAUUUCCUGCCAAUAUACACUUUAAAUUGCUAAUAAUGUAUUUUAAUUGAAAAUGAUUUUGCUUCAUAUUUGGAGGAAGAAAUGCUCAUGUUUUUGCAUAUAUAAGGGUCAGAUAGUGUGAUUUCUGAGAGAUCAAUAUUGGUGUAGACGCUUAAAGACUAAAGAAGCAGAACUGGAAAAUGUUGACAACAAAACAUAAUGAAAAUACCUCAGCUCAUGUUAUUGACCUAAAAUAUAUGAUUCAUCCAUAUGUUUGAUAUAAAUAGACCCCCACACGUUUUGAAUCGUCUCUGCCCUUAAGCGUGUGUGUGCGUAAUCUUUUUCUAAGUGACGACAAGAGUACAAUUCCCUGAACCACUGACUUAUUUUCGCUCUAUUAAUAUUUUGCCAUGAAAGUGCAAUCAUCCGUUUAACCUGUGACAAGCAGUGCUCUGAGAAAAUAGAGGGAAGUUGGGUGCUCGAGUUAAUUGUAUUUAUGAAAUUCUUUUCAUCUUGAGUCUCACCUCACCCCAAAACUCAUCAUCUUCUUGCGCUCGCAGAUUGAAUGCAAGACUGUGUUGACAUUACAAAUUUGAGUCUUGUUUUCGUCAUGUCUUGCUCUGACAGACAUCUCAUUUUUCUUGAGUGUUUAGAGUCAUUUUGUUGUCUGAUGCAUCCUCACAGCCCAGAUGAAGUGUGCGCCCCUUCAUCAGCACCACUCACCACGUUCCAAAUAUGAACUGAUUAUAAACUGGGUUCUGUUUACACACUAUGUAAAAUUCAAUUGUAUACUUCUUAAUGUUUCAACCAAAUUAUCUGUUUCUUUUAAUAAAAUAUUUCAGCUGUUACUUCA